AUGGGAGAGAUAAAUAAUCAAAAUAAUAAAGUUCGUAAAUCGCGAAAAAAUAGUAAAUCUGUUAACUCAAGUUCAAAAAGUAAAAAAAAAUCAUCAUCACCAAAAGUGAUCAAUCCGACGAUAACUCCUGUAACGGCUCUUGUCGAAUCUCCAAAACCGAUCACGCCAAUUGAAGAAGAUCCACCUACCGAUUUACCAAUUGAUAUACCAAAUAAUAUAUCAAAUGAUAUAUCAAAUGAUAUAUCAAAUCAUAUAUUAAAUGAUACAUCAAAUCAUAUAUUAAAUGAUACAUCAAAUCAUAUAUUAAAUGAUACAUCAAAUAAUAUAUCAAAUAAUAUAUCAAAUGAUAUACCAAACGAAGUACCUAUUAAACCAAUUGAACCAGUUUCAUCACCAAUUCUUACUACCCCAAAGACUCCUAAGACAACCCCUAAGGUCAACUUAUCCCCAAUAAUUCCUCGACAGACAAUCUCAAAAUCAAUAAAUGAUGGCCUUUUCCUUAUUUCUAAGUCUAUCAGCAUGACUGACAUGCCUGUGGAAAUAUUUAGUUAUAUAUGUGCAUAUUUGCCACCAGAUGAUUUAUUAUCACUUGUUUUAGUUUGUCAAACAUUCAGAAGAUUAUUAUGCAAUCCUACUUCACCUAUAACUCAAUCGAUCUGGAGAACUUCUCGAGUAAAUUUUUUACCUCAUCUUCAAUUACCACCACCAUCUGGUAUGGGUGAAAAAGAAUACAUUGUACUUCGUCAAUUAAGAAAAGGUUGUCAAUUUUGUCAAGAACGUGAAACUGGAUUCGUCAAAGUUUAUUGGCAAUUCAGAGUAAGAUGUUGUGAAAUGUGUUUGGAUGAACGAACAACAAGACGUGACACACUUUAUAUUAAUUGGUGUAUUCCUGAUGAAGUGCUUAGUAUCCUACCUUACAUUUUUCGUGGUGCAUCACAAGUUUAUUGGACAAAAGAUGUUAUUACUACCAUGCAAGAAUAUUCUUCCAUCAGUGAUGAUGAUUUACUAAAUUGGAUUGAUCAGCGUCGAACAAUAGCAAAUAACAUAAUGGAUGUGGCUCCAGGUCAUGAACGUGAAGAAAAUGAUGAAUUACAAUCAAGUAUUCAACUAAACCAGUUAAAUCAUCAACUAAAUCAACUAAAUCAAUUAAAUCAAUUAAAUCAACUAAAUCAAUUAAAUCCACUAAAUCGUUUUCAAUAUUUACUUCCUUCUCAAUUUAACACUAAUACUUUACCUUAUAACCGUUCUCAAUUCUUAUUCACUUCUCCUCAACAACUUUAUCCUCAAUUUCUUUCACGUGUUAACCGUCAAUCAAUUCAAUCAAUUCCCCAAACUUACCCAUUAGGCCUUAUCCCACAACCUCGUCAGUUUUAA